AUGGCCGCGGAGCACGAGGACCUGGCAGGAACAACUCCCGCGAUCCGUGCGAGCGGCGGAGAAAAUAACAAAAAACAAGAACAAAGCCCCCCAAGUCCACGGUACCCACACACCCAAACACCCCCCACUACCCGGAGUAGUAAACAAACACCCACCCGUGAGCGAAAAGGGCCGCGGGCGGACAGUAAUUCAGAAAAGGUAGCUGGGCAGAAAGGAGGGAAAAAG